UUCUCGCAGGAACCCUCGCGCAUCGCCGCCGCCACCCCCCACCCCAAUCCAAUUCGGACUCACACCCCAAUCCAGUUCGGACUCGAUGCUCUAGCAAUUUAUUUAUUGGCCCGACUUGAUCGAUCUCUUCAUACGAAUAUUUCGUUUUAUCCAAUCUGAACAGUUGCAGAUCCGUAGAUUUGCAAAUCUAAGUGAUUUCUCCUGCAGAGCACAAGUUCGAUCCACGAAUUUGCAAUUUCAGGACUUAUGGCUCUCUCCAACGAGGAGGUGGUGGAGGUGGAGGUGGAGGUGGGAGUGGGGCUGGAGCUGGAGGUGGAGCAGGAGGAGGAAGACGAUGAUGUCGAGGACGUCCCCCUAGGCCCUGAGGAUGUGCUGCGAUUUGUUGAGAGUGUUGGUUCCGUGGAACCUGCCAAGUGGAAAUUGCUGAUGAGAGAUAAUAUGGGGGUUCCGCCCGAGCCCUAUGACUGGCCCAACAUCUGCCCGCUCCCUGGGUCGUCUAGAGAUCACAGGUUGGCGUGCGAUCUUUACUGGCACCAGGCCUACCAGCUGAAUCAAGUCUCUGAGACUUGCCUGCCUCCUAUGCGGUAUACUCGAUGUUGCAGUGUAGCUUCAACUGGGCAGCAAAGGUGUUUUCACAAGCCACGCCCUAUACUUCAACUCUUUUCUACCAUGGUGCAUACCUUUCUGAAAGAUUGCACCAGAUCAGUCGAGGUAUACGGUUAUAUUGCGGUCCGAGAUGACGAGGAUUAUCGCCGCAAUUAUCUUUUCAACCGAUCCCGAGAUGACCCGCUUACUAUCAAUUCGGCCAGCGACUAUCUGCGCUUGUUGAGCCCCAAAAGAGGCAUCUCGAUGAAAUUUGAUUGCCUAGUUGAAGUGGAUAUUAGGACAAAGGCAUCGCCGGGUGAUACAGAUGAUAAAAAUCUUGUUGAUGGAUGCUUCGACUUAAUCGAGGGCCGGUCUCGUUUCGACGUCCUUUCUAGAAUCAAAAUGGAAGGUGAACAUGGUGCUCUUGUUUUUAAUCUUAUCAUAUUUCGAGACAGUGUCGAGGCAACCAUACAUAUGAACUUUUUGGAAGUGCCUGGAGAUGGCUUUGAUAUAAAGAUGUGUGGGUAUACUGCCAUUUGGAAGAACAUGUAUGCCUUCAUAGACGAUAAAGAAUGCGACUGCAAUAGCUUCGUGUCUUCGGCUGGGAGUUUUUCACAAUAUUUUGUAGCAGCUGUGCAGAUGGAGGACACACUGUUUAUUGAUUUUAUGGAGGGGAGUAUGCCAAUUUCAUUUAAAGCGGAUAUUCAUGGCAGUGAAGAAAAAGAAUACCAUUUCCGUAAUAGUGCUGUGGUGUCUGUGAAAGUGUCUUGGUCGACAGUCCUCUACUAAGGAAUAUAUAUGUGUUUGAGGUUCA